AUGGAUUUAACAAUUUCAAACGAACUUAGUGGCGAAAUAUACGGCCCGAUUGAAGUCAGUGAAGACAUGGCUUUAACUGAUCUAAUAGCGUUACUCCAAGCAGAUUGCGGUUUUGACAGAACAAAGCACGACCUAUACUUUAAUAUGAAUAUUCUAGAUUCAAACAAAACUCAGUCAUUAAAAGAAUUAGGGCUCAAAACUGACGACUUGCUAUUGAUCAGAGGUAAGAUUUCUAAUUCCAUUCAAACAGAUGCCACUAUUUUGUCCGACGAUGCAUUCAUAGAGCAAUUCAGACAAGAGUUACUAAAUAAUCAAAUGCUUAGAUCACAACUGAUUUCGCAAAUCCCUGCAUUGAAUGAUUUAGUAAAUGACCCACAGUUGUUCAAGGAAAGAUUGGGCCCACUUAUUUUACAAAGACGUUAUGGUGGCUAUAACACCGCGAUGAAUCCGUUUGGCAUCCCCCAAAAUGAAUAUAAUAAGCUAAUGGCCAACCCUGAUGAUCCUAACAACAAGAAGAGAAUCGCAGAGCUCGUAGACCAACAAGCAAUCGAUGAACAGUUGCGCAAUGCUAUCGAAUAUACACCUGAAAUGUUUACCCAAGUCCCUAUGCUUUACAUCAAUAUCGAAAUAAACAACUACCCCGUCAAAGCAUUUGUGGAUACCGGUGCGCAAACAACGAUUAUGUCCACUAGAUUAGCGAAGAAAACUGGUUUAUCGAGAAUGAUUGACAAGAGAUUUAUUGGAGAAGCUCGCGGUGUAGGAACCGGCAAAAUUAUUGGGAGGAUUCACCAGGCCCAAGUUAAAAUAGAAACGCAAUAUAUUCCAUGCAGUUUUACCGUCCUGGAUACUGACAUCGAUGUUUUGAUAGGAUUAGACAUGCUGAAAAGACACUUGGCUUGUGUGGACUUGAAAGAAAACGUUCUUAAAAUAGCAGAAGUCGAAACAAGUUUUUUGAGUGAAGCGGAAAUACCAAAAAGUUUUCAAGAAGGACUGCCAGCACCAACGUCAGUUACAACCUCAUCCGAUAAGCCACUGGAACCCACCAAGACUAGUUCAAGUCUAACACCACAACCUGGAGCUGUUCCGGCGCUUGCUCCAAGGACAGGCAUGGGACCAACAUCCACAGGAAGAAGCGCAGCCGGUGUUACAACAGCAGCCACGAGAACGUUCACCGAACAAACAAUCAAGCAGCUUAUGGAUUUAGGAUUCACCAGGGAUGCUGUUGUUAAGGCUCUUAAGCAGACUAACGGAAAUGCAGAAUUUGCUGCAUCGCUUCUCUUUCAGUGA